UUCUGUUUAUCACAUUCGAAACACGUUUGAUUUUGGAAUGCAAUUGAAUGUUGCAUCCGAAUACCGAACUUUCUUCUGCGUGAUAUAGUCUAGGUAGUAUAUGACAUUUAUCUGUCCGAUAUUAGUAACAUAGACAGACACACAUAAACAAUAAUCUACGAUCAUGAUGGUGUUAAUUAACGGCGUAACAACAAGUUUCACGACCUUAAAUACUAUAAUACCAAAUUGAAUGACCAAUAUAGCAUAUACGGACAAGUAUCGGGGUGAAACUGAAAUCUUAAAGUCAGGUCGGCCGUUUCAGACAUCAGCCAAGCCAAACGCGGCCUACUACCCUCAGAGAGUUUGUUAUGGAAACCCUUCUUUCCCCAAAUUUGCCGGAACCCGAAACGAGAGAAGGAAAAAGAAGGCUAAUUUUUCCGUUUCAGCGACUGGUUCGGCCGUCUCUUUGAUUCUUUUGCUAUCGAAGGGAGGGGGUAUUAUGGCCGAGGUAGAGCGGUGCCGUAACCCAUGGGUGAACGCAGCGCCGAUCCCCGUCCCCGGAAUCACAGCGGCUCUGGAAUUGCAGGAGCAGACAAUGGUGGUCGCCGUCGACGGCGUGCGGCAGCGGAGCUUCUCGGCUCAGCAGGGUCACCAGACCAACAACGGUAAAAGCGACGAAAGUUUAGGACUUGGCGAGAGAGCGCUCUCUGCGGCAGGGGCCGCUUUCCUAUCGGCGAUUAUAGUGAAUCCUCUUGACGUUGUGAAGACGAGGCUGCAAGCACAGGCAGCUGGAGUUGCUUACUCGCAUCCACUCAGCAAUGUCAUAAAUCGCAUGGCUUACUUUGGUCCAACCAUGUUGUUUGCUGAUCUUAGAUGUUCACCAACUUGUACGCGUGCUGGACUUCACGGGACCGUGUCCAUGUGCCCUCCUGAUUGUUUUCAGUACAAGGGAACCUUUGAUGUGUUCAACAAGAUCGUAAGACAGGAAGGGUUUGGGAGGCUGUGGAGGGGCACAAAUGCGGCUCUGGCUCUAGCUAUUCCAACAGUGGGCAUUUACUUACCCUUAUAUGAUGUAUUUCGCAUCUGGCUGGAGGAGAAAACCUCUCAGAGUAUUCCUGGUGCAGCACCUUACGUUCCCUUGGUAGCUGGUUCACUGGCACGUUCAUUAGCUUGUGUAACUUGCUAUCCUGUUGAACUUGCUAGAACUCGCAUGCAGGCAUUCAAAGCUGCCCAAAAUGGUAUGAAAGCUCCUGGCGUUUUAAAAACUCUACUUGAAGCCCUUCCUCAUGUCCAAGGCAGGGAUAACCGUGGAACUAACUGGAGAGGUUACCGGGUACUGUGGACGGGCAUGGGAGCACAGCUUGCUCGUGACGUUCCAUUUUCUGGAAUUUGUUGGGCACUACUUGAGCCUAUGAGGAGAAAUCUUUUGAGUAUAGUUGGCGACGAUGCAAAUGUAGCCAGUGUACUUGGAGCCAACUUCUCGGCUGGUUUCAUUGCCGGAAGUGUUGCUGCAGCUGCAACAUGUCCCCUGGAUGUUGUUAAAACUCGAAGGCAGAUAGAGAUGGAUCCUGUGAGGGCAUUAAGUAUGACAACGCGGCGAACACUAAUGGAGGUUUGGAGGGAUGGAGGGAUGAGGACACUUUUCACUGGUGUUGGGGCCCGUGUUGGAAGAGUAGGGCCUUCUGUUGGCAUUGUGGUCUCGUUCUACGAGGUGGUGAAGUACGCUCUGCAUUCUCGCCUUGAUAUUGACAGCAACCGCCCUGGCAUGGAGCAUGGGCCACCGCCGCCUUGCUAGUCUCUUGCUUGAAGCUCAUGACAGCAGCAGCAACCGGUUGGGUGGGUCUCUUGCUUGAUGCUUGUGGCUGCGGCAGCAGCACCAGGAGUAGGAGGUUUGGUCGCGAUCUCUUGAUUCACCACGGUUUCUACCUUCGGAGUUGCAUGGCUUGUCCCCGAGCAACAACCGCUCCUUCCUUGCAUCCUUCUCAGACUGGUUACUGGUUAGCAAACUGCUCUGUGUGGCCUUGGUGUAUGUGGUUUGGUGCUUGAUAAUAGAAAGAUCAUCGAGUA